GGAGGACGCUCCCGAAUCCCGCUCCUUUCUAAGGCGGGCGUCCCGAACCCCGCCGUGUGUGAGGGCCUGCGGGGCCCCCACGUGUUGGAGUGAGCCUGCUCCAGCUGGGGCUGGGAUAGAAGUAGUGUCAGAGCAGCGAGCAGCUCUCCUUCCCUCCGGCCCCGCCGCCGGGCCGGGCAGGCGCUCAGCGCUCUCGGGAGGCGCCCCUGUGCUGAGGGAGCGUCGGGCUGCCACACCUUCGGAGACCUCUAAAUAGUGCUGCCUUGGAAAUGGAAGCUUUGCUGCUUAUGUAUAAAUAAAUAAAACAGUGCUUUUCUAAGGACCACGGCUUUGGGAAAUGACAGGAGGAGGCGGCUUCGCAAAGCAAAAGAGCUUCAAAUUGUGUACAGCAUCAUAACAGAAAAUAGAGAAAUAAAGGAAUAUUAAGAGUUCAUCCUAACUUUUGCAUGCUCAUAUACAAAUAUUGUAAUUAGGAGUUGGGGGCCAAAGAAGAAAGAAUAGUUGUCCUGGAAACUGAAAAUGCCGCUCUUCAUCUAAAACUUGCAGAGUAUCAAGGGUUGGCUGGAAGAAGCACUGAUGAAGUAUUGCAGCUUUAUGCUGCUCAUGGCCAACAGAUGAAAUUGCAGAGGAGUUUUCUUGUAACCCAGCUGCAUGGAGCAAUAAAGAGGCUUAAGCAAGACCUGAAGAGUCUUCAUUCAUUUGCUCUUGAACUUUCAAAAGACUUCCAACGUCAAAGCAAGACUUGUCUUUACCAAGUUCUGGUAGCAGUCCAGGGGAUACAGCUGCAGAAUGAAGCAAUGCAAAUGUUUCAGAUAAAAGCUUUUGAUCUUGAGCAGUCUCUACAAGAAGUGACAGAGAGAUAUGAGAAAGAAAAGCAGAAGAGGAAGGCUUUACAUAACAGCUUAAUUGAACUGAGAGGAAAUAUCAGAGUUCAUUGCAGGAUUCGACCGUUGCUACCUUUUGAUGAUGCUGCUGGACAUUCGCUAUCACAAGACAGGCAAAGAAACUUUUCAGAAAAAGCGGCAUAUGCAGCUGAUGAUGAAACCGUCCUUGUCAAGUGUAGUCGUCCUGGUCAUGCCUCAGUAAACAAGACUUUUCAGUUUGACAGAGUUUACAAUGAUUUGGAGUCUCAAGAUGCAGUAUUUGCAGAUGUGGCCCCUUUGCUAACAUCUCUCCUGGAUGGGUACAAUGUGUGUAUCAUGGCUUAUGGACAAACUGGAAGUGGGAAGACAUACACAAUGUUGGGACCACAGUUAGAGGAGAACUUAGCAUUCUCCAUAGAAGAGGAAUCAGAACUUGGAAUUAUUCCUCGAGCUACCCAAGAAGUGUUCAGGCUUAUUUCAGAAAAGCCACCAGGAAGUUACUGGGUUGAGGUUUCUGUUGUAGAAGUGUAUAAUAAUGAAAUUUUUGAUCUUCUGGCCAAAGACAGUUAUGGAAAAGUGUUUGGCAUCAAACGUGAUGUUGUCACAACCAGAGAAGGGAAGAGCGAUGUGCCACUGCUGACGCACGAGACUGUUGAAAAUGCAUCUGAAUUUUUGCAUCUAGUCAACAAAGGCCUACAGCUGAGAGUCACGCACCCAACACUGGUGCAUGCUCAUUCCUCUCGUUCUCAUCUGGUAGUGACAUUGACCAUAACCACAGUUGUCUUUGGAGAUAACUUUGGUACUUUAUGGGAAGAUGAACAAACCAGUCAGAGACUAAAUAAAGAGGCUUCCUGUACUUUUCCGCAAAAAAUGAGAGACAAUAAAUCUACCUCUUCUUCUGGAGCCUCUUCACCAGUACAACUUGAAGCAACUGAGAAAAUGAAGCAAGUCAAAACGAGACUGCAGCUGGUGGACCUGGCUGGGAGCGAGUGUGUUGGUAUGUCUGGAGUGACAGGAGCAGCACUGAGAGAGACCUCCUUUAUUAACCGCAGCCUGUCUGCCCUGGCCGAUGUUCUGGGAGCAAUAGCAGAGCAGCGAGCUCACGUCCCUUAUCGGAACAGCAAACUUACACAUCUGCUUCAGGACUCUGUUGGAGGUGAUGCUAAACUGUUGCUGAUACUGUGCAUCUCUCCUGGCCAAAAGUAUUUAACAGAAUCAAUGCAGUCUCUGGGAUUUGGAACUCGUGCUCGGCAAGUUCAGAGAGGACAAGUCAAGAAAAAAAAUUUUCCAGUGCUGAGUAAAGGAAAAUAAAACCUAAGACUCCUGUGGAUUAAAGUAUCAUUAAUGAGUUCCCCAGCCCGAAAUGUAUAUUGUUGUCCUUACGCCUUUCUUUUAGAUAUCAACUGCCAGAUAAAAUAAACAAUCUUCAACAUGGCCUUAGUAAGCAAUAAACCUGCUAAUGAGGUUCUUGCUCCAAAGAUAAUAGCAAGUAUUGACAACAUCUACCCACCAUGGUGGAAAGGUAGAGAAAUAAACUGGGCUUUAGGACAUGG